AAAGUUUGUUUUUAUCGAAAUCAACUUAACAUUUUAUAGAGACCAACUGCUACAUCCGGACAACACACCGGUAGUUCGUGGAAGAGUGCUUUGCGCAGAUAAAUGUCACAUAGCCGCCAGCAAAAAAGAAAAUAGUGUGGCAAAAGGGGAAAAAGACCGUGGAUGCAGCGGUCCUGAUAGAAAUUGGUGGAGAUGGUGGCUCCAGGAGAGGAGAGGAGAACAACAACAGUACUCUUGCCCAGUCCCACCCAGAGGCUGUUCUCUCAAGAGACAUCAAAUGGGAAGCCGCUUGGAGAGCAGAGUUUGAUCAGGCAGGAUGUGAAGCAAGCUAUGGGCAAGGUAAAACACUCUAAAAGCAAGCAGCAGGUGUACAUGCAUGGUCUUCAUCGCCUGCAGCAUUUCUCCUGUGACAGCCCUGUGCGUUUCAUGAUGUACUCUGAAGCUGCUGCAGCAUUCAUUAGCCUCCAUUCAGACAACACAGUUUGCCUUUACAAAUCUGAUGGCCACAAGCAGACUUCCUCAUCAUACCUCCCUUUCAUGGGCCUGACCGCCACAAAGAUCCCUGGCUGCCUGGUGGGUUGGGGCCCAGGGCCUGUUUUUAUACUUCUGGACAAUGAAUUAUGCCCCCUAGAUGCAGCUCAAGACGCCCUGGACAUAUGCUUAUGUCAGGCUGCCGAGCACUCCACAGAGUUGGUGACUGCAGGUGUGGGGAACGUGUGUGUGUGGUCAGUGAUGCUAAUGAGGUGUAAGGUGAAGAUACAGGAGAAGCUGCAGCACAGCACUUUCACCCAAAUGACAUUAGCUCCCCCUCGAUCUGACAGGCCCCACAGAGCCUUCGUUGUGUGCAAGCAGGAUGUGACGGUGGUCGACCUCGAUGCUGGGAAAGUUUUGGAGCACAAGAGGGAUCUCUGCUCAGGAAAUAUCACUGCAAUGGUGUACUGCUCUCAACUGGACUGUUUGAUCACUGCAUCUCAAGAGCUCUCCAUUAGAAUAUGGGGUCCAGAUUGGGAUCUUCGUGUGGCUUUUGUAGGACAUAAUGGUGUGGUGAAUUCUUUGUUCUACUGCUCUGCAUUAAGCAUGCUGUUUUCAGCCUCUGUGGAUUGUACGAUACGCUGCUGGAAUGUUGAAGAAAGUGAUGCAGUCGAGUGUGUCCACACAGAACAGGAAAACCCUCCAUUGUGCAUAGGGGGCACUAAAAAUGGAGAUACUUUCUUCUCCUUCUCUCACCGGGGAGUUGACCUCUGGACCAUCAGAACCUUAUACACCCUCCACUGUAAACUCAAAGGGGAUGAAGGAGCCCCACUGAGGCAAAUCCUAGCCUCUCCCUCACUAGCUCCUUACCCCACACGAGUCCUCUGUGUGAGCGGGGACAGUGAUAUCAUGCUUGUGGCUGCAGAAACAGGAGCAGUGUUGACUUCUUUCAAGGCAAAGCAGAGAAUUCUGUGUGCUGACUACUGCCUGCAAAAAGAGAUUCUGCUGGCUCUGACUGAAACAGGUACGGUGCUCCAAGCCAACACACUCACUAAUCCAAUCACUUUGAUGCAAGAGUGGAAGGGGAGAGGCCAGGGGCCCUGGCAGCACAGGGACCAUGUGACUGAGAUUGACGCCCAGAAUCUGCAGAUCCCCGGCCCGGCAUGCUGCCUGAUACUCUACGGUUCUGUGACUGACACACAGGGAGCUUUAGAGGAGUGGAGGAGUUUGCAGGAAGGAAGAGGAUGCAGUCACAGGAAUAAGGCAGCUCUUGAUGAUGCCAGGAAUAAGUUUUUGAUCAUUCUUGGCCAAAGUGGAGGCUGCGUGAGUGCUCUGAAAAUUGACAAUGGGAAGGUCUUGCAAAGGAUGCCGGCACACAACGGUCAGAGAGUCACCACAAUGCGAGUGUAUCCUGAGAAUGGUUGCCUCCUCUCCACAGGUGAGGACAUGACAGUGGUGGUGUGGAGAGUAAACCCUUAUGUCCAGGAGUGUCUCAGCCAACAGCUGAGCCUGCACUAUGGCCAGCCACAGGUAUACCUGGCAGCUCUGGGGCCCCAGCUGGCCCUGACCUUUCAGGAGCCCAACAAUGGCACUUACAACCUGAUGCACUUUAACCUACUCAAGCAGAGCCAGACUGAUUACCCAAACAUGGAAGGACAUUCAGACCAUUUCACAGGCUUGUGUGUGUGUCCUGAUCUGGAGGUGUUUGUGUCCAGCAGUCUAGAUGGGACAGUGUGUUUCUGGAAUGAGGAGAAUCACCUCAUUAGGACGCUGCAGCUGAAUGCAGUGCCUGAGUGUCUGGCUUACGGUGGGUUUGGAGGAGAACUAUUUUUUGGCAUCAGAGGAGAUCUCUACAGGAUGAAUUGUGCAAAGUUCCUGCCACAUAUCUAUCAACAAAUGCUCCUUUACACUUACUGUGCUGAGCCCCUUCCUGACAUGCCUAUCAUUGAGACUAAAGAAAAGUCCAGCACAACAAAGAAUACAAGCACAAGCAAAGAUGAGGAAGAGGAAAUGCCAGCAAACGCCAGCAGUGAGAAGGAUUACAUGAGCUCACUGUCUUUGAACAAGGACCUCUCUGCACUCAUACAAGGCUCAAUACAAUGCCAAAAAGGGAAGCCUCCCAGUACAAACGCAACCAGGAAGGAGGCUUUUGAUCGCUACAUGAAGAUACUAUAUGGGUUGCCCCCCAUUAUUAAGGUUGAUUUGGAGGACACCUUUGUCCCAGAUAAUUUUGAGAUGAAGUCAUUUGAUCCAGAACCAUAUUACAAAAAGCCCCGUAGCCUUCCUGCCUUAAAGGAGAAGCCUGAACCUAAACUAAAUGUUCCUGUGAAGGUGGAGAAAAAGAAGGAGAAAAAAGCUCCAGUACCAGCCCCAGCCAAAGAACCACAGCCCUUGAUGAAAGUCAAGCCUCGGCCUGUUGAAGUCGUACCCAAGAAACCUGUCAAAGUGGAGAAGGAGAAGUAUGAGGAGCCUCCAGAGAUCAUUCCUCCAAUAGAACGACCAAAACCCAAACCACCUCCUCCCCGUCUAAAGACCCCAACACCACCCCCGCCCCCAUCUCCACCGCGGGUACCCAGCCCUGAGAUGCCAUCGUUCCUCAAACAGUUUGCAGAUGCAGGCUGGUUUAAAGACCUGUAUCCUGAUAAAAAGUGUAUCCCCAGCACCCUGUCUCCAGGGGACUUCUCCAUGCAGCUGGUGGACAGUCUAAACGUCUGCAGCGCUCCCUCUAAGAUGAAGAUCAUCACUGCUCUGCAGGCGCUGCACAGCCAGGGACUCUUACCAAAUACAGACAAGCUUUACCAAGGCCUCAUUGACCUGGUGCACAAACUUGUGAGACCUCAAAUGUCACCUUUGGAACGGGCUGCACUUGUUGAAACAUUAAAUCUGUUGGUGCGUCUUCGCUCUGCCAGCUAUGAGCUUGUGAAAAAGCUUCUCACUCUCCUGGCUUUUAAAAAACUGGGACUCCGAGACACUGUGCUGCGUAUGCUGACUGCAUUAGCUGUAAACAAGGCUGAACGGUGGCUGUGUCCUGAGCUGGAGAGCUGGGACUCGGAGCUGCAGGACCAGUCGGACAUCUGGAAGAGCCUCCAUGACAGAGCAGACUCUUGGCUGGAGUUAUGGAUCUCAAAAUACAAAGACCAUAACAGGUAUCUGUACCUCAGGAGUACAGCACAGUGGCAGCUGUCAAACUGCAGCAUGGUGGAUGUGCUGAAUUAUUUCUGCUCUGUCAGAAAAGAGGAGUACAGAAAGGCCCGAUGUGUUGCACCUGCUGGCCGCAAAAACACUGUGCUUUUGCCCCUUUAUGACUGUAGUUCUCAACCAAUCCUUCGUCUAGGAGAGACUUACAGCAUGGCCAGGAUGUGGAGGCCACCAGGUAUAAUUCUGCCUCCCCUGAGAAACCGUCCCUUCCUCACGAACUUUCCUCAUUUCAUCUCUUUGCCGUUACCCCGGGUCACGCUUAGCCCCUUUCACAUCUACACAGAUGAGGACUGGGUGAAGGCCUCGCCUCGCCGCUACUUCAUUCAUAAGCAGUCGUACGUAGAGUACUACAGAUGAUGCACCACUCCCAUUAACACCAGAUGAGUCACAAAACAACAUUAGUUGGAAAUAUGGUCAUUAUUUUUGACAAAUAAAUGACAUGAAACUUUGCUUUAUGACAGUUUUAUUCUGUGACUGACGGUAUGUUAAUGCAUUCAUGUGAUAUGAGGGUGAUUUGGUACACGCAUUUCCUGAUAACAGUGAUUUUUGACUUUUGACUUGAUAUAAUAGUUGAAUAUAAAAAAAACAGAUAUUUAACAAAUGCAUUAUGACGAACAGCACACAUAGAAAGUACAUUACUCAAACAAGUAAUUUGCAGUUACAAUCAUUUCCU